AUGCAAAACUUGCCCAAGAUCACUUUAGAUACGACAUUGGCAGAGCUUUACGCUCACGGUGCCAAUCAAAAACAGAUCGCCGUCCUUUUGUGUGCUGCUAAUUCAGAGAUUGCGCCCAGCUCGGAGCUUUCUCGUAACACGAAGUUUCUCUAUCAAGACAGUACUUUCACCAGCGAGCCAGGGCACAAGAAUCAUGAUCGAUAUAACAGAAUACAGCAUUCAGUGGCCAUAAAGUAUCUCUCACUGGUGCCCCAGCACGAUGCAUUCGCCGCCGGCAAUAUGCCGGCAAUACUACUCAAUCUUGACAAAUCCAAGCAUAGUCAAGAAGAAUCAGAAAGGACCGUGGGCGUUUUGAAUGGAAGCCAAAGACCUACCCUUCUGUUCUAUUCACAUCCCAAGGACAUCGUGGUAGGACGCAAUGGGUUUGACCUUCUCGCAGCGAAAAUGGAGUUCGAUGACCUCGAAGGUGUCCCACUUGCCGUCGACCUCGAGACACACUAUUUCCUCAACUCAAAAGCUGCCUUGGCUACAUCAGGCUUACCGAGUUGCACAGGAUUCCGUGGCAGAUGGCUGAAGGACCACACUGAGCGCCUUUUAUCCACUUUAUCUACACAGCCACUACCUAUCGUACUCAAGAACCAGCAGACUUUUGGCGGAGGCGGUACCUUUGCAAUAACUUCACCCGAGGAGCUCGCAGAAGUGAAAAGCACACUUAACAGCCAGGUCCUUCCCAAGCUGUUGUCUCAAGUCAAUUCCUCGAACGCUCACCUCAAACCAGCGACGAUGAUCUUAAGCGAGAUGGUAACAGACCCUGUGGGCGACUGGGGCCUUACUUUCUUUGUCACCAAAUCCGGCGAACGUAUUUUUCUAGCAGUAACGCAGCAGAUCGUCGAUUCCUCGAAAGCUUGGAUCGGUUCCAGAAUUUCUUAUUCUGAUCAAGCUCAACUGAAGGAGAAGUUCAUGCCCAUCAUGCACAGUAUUGGAGCCUGGCUUCAUAGGUAUAGCUACUAUGGUCCUUGUGGCGCCGACAUUCUUGAGAUUCGUUCAGGACGAGAUGUUGAGGCCAAUUCGACAACGCUGCAAAUCGUUGAUUUGAAUGUGCGGACUUCUGGUUCGUCAGUUUUGGCGCUUAUGAGCGGGCAUUUCUCUAAGCAGAGAGGCCUGCACGAAGCUACCUCAUUCUCUGUCACCGUAGAAGUGACCAGAAUGAGAUUUAUUGAGUACUUCCAAGAUCGAUUCCGCUCGGGGUCAUGGGUGAUAGUUUCGUGGUACGAAGAUGAAGAAUUUGGAUUGAGCUAUGGCAACGUGCUUAUUGGUGCCUCUAAUGUAGAGCAACUGGAGGAGGAGGUGGCAAAGCUCAAGGAUCUAGCUUCAGAGAUUCAUUUCUAA